CUCUCCGCUGCUUUACAUACUCCAUUUCCAUUCCUUCCAGAAUUGUUCGAAUUUCGACGGAGAAAAGCUUUCAAAUCUUUAAAUCACAGAAUGAGCCGUGGAAGCGGAGGUGGAUACGAUCGACACAUAACGAUCUUCUCACCCGAAGGUCGUCUCUAUCAAGUGGAAUAUGCUUUCAAGGCUGUUAAAGCUGCGGGAAUCACCUCGAUCGGCGUCCGCGGGGCGGAUUCCGUUUGUGUUGUUACACAAAAGAAAGUUCCGGACAAGCUUUUGGAUCCGGCGAGCGUCAGCCAUUUGUUUCCUAUUACUAAGUAUCUUGGUUUGUUGGCAACAGGCAUGACAGCUGAUGCAAGGACUUUAGUUCAACAAGCAAGGAAUGAGGCUGCCGAGUUCCGUUUCAGAUAUGGAUAUGAAAUGCCUGUUGAUUCAUUGGCAAGAUGGAUUGCGGACAAAUCUCAAGUUUACACACAGCAUGCAUAUAUGAGACCACUUGGAAUAAUUUCCAUGAUUUUGGGCAUUGAUGAUGAGAAAGGUCCUCAGCUCUUCAAGUGUGACCCUGCUGGCCAUUUCUUUGGUCACAAGGCAACUAGUGCUGGAUCCAAAGAGCAAGAAGCCAUUAACUUUCUAGAGAAGAAGAUGAAAAAUGAUCCAGCAUUCACCUUUGAUGAAACUGUACAGACUGCAAUUUCAGCUCUACAGUCUGUUCUACAGGAGGAUUUCAAGGCGAACGAGAUUGAGGUUGGUGUGGUGAGGAAAGACGAUCCUGUGUUCAAAGUCUUGUCAGCCGAAGAAAUCGAUGAGCAUCUCACUGCAAUAAGCGAGCGCGACUGAACCCAAUUGCAUCUUGCUGCCAAACUGUGCUGGAAAACCUUAAACAUGAACUGCUCCAUUGAAUGAUGAAUUAAAGAUUUAAAAAUUCUCUAAAUUUAGUCAGACCAUCGAAUUUCCAUGUUCAUGUGAAGGCUUCUUAUGGCAUUUUCAGGUCAUCAAUCCCGUGUUCCUUUUAAGGUAAGCAAACGAUGAUAGUUCAAGCAAAAUUAUGACGUUACUACAUUAGUUCCCUUCUUGUUU